AUGUCAAAUCCAUCCGAUUCUAAGAACAUUCCGACAAAUAAGAAGCCGUAUAAGAAUCUGCAUACAUCGCCGUACAAGUUACAGGCCAGUGACAUUUAUAAUCCAAAUGACAGUCCAUUAAUUAACAAGCCUGCUUCCAAGCAUAAUGGAAUGAGAUUACAUUUACGAAGUCAUAGUUAUGGGUACAGUAAUGAUAAGAAGGACUUUGCAGGAGGAGGAAUACCUGCACCUAAUUACGCACAUAAUAAUACUCCAAAUUGGAAGACCUUGAUUCCUCCUAUGCCAUCAUAUCCCCAGCCUACUUACAAGACUGAUAAGCGGCUGUAUUCACCUUCGCAACUUCAAAAAAAAUCAUUUCAAUCUCAACCAAAUACUCAAAUACCAAUACAUGUACAACAAGCACCGCUGCACGGCAACUCACCACACGCACGAGCACCGCAGUCUAAACCACAGUCUGAUGGUGAUCACCAUUUAAGUAAACCAAAUCAAAGACAUUCGAUUGCGGUAUCACCAAGUUCAGAAAAAUCUAAUUUUAUGGGAAAUGCAUCGCCAUCACCAGCAUUAAAUCAACUGCAUCAAUUUCAUAACGCACCACAGCUGCCUCCACCCCGUAUACAAAAUCAACGGUCAAAAACACAGAUACCACAAGCGCCAAUUCAAGAAAUACCUCCUUUCCAACGUCAAAUGUCAUCAAAUAUCCCUGAUUUGUCGAGAGAGUCGUUAGAUCAAACUGAUAUUCAAUCUCGCCCUUCGCAAAUACGUCAGAAAAGUAUGCAUAAAAAGAAAAAGUUCUGUAAAGGCUGUGGUUUAGAAAUUACAGGCCAAUUUGUUAGAGCAUUAAGCAGUGCGUUUCAUAUUGAAUGUUUUCGUUGUAGUGAAUGUGGUAAUCAGUGCUCUUCUAAGUUCUUUCCCUAUGAGAUGUUGGACGAGCCAACAGGUAUAAAAUAUCAAGUUGCACUUUGCGAAUAUGACUAUUUUAAAAAAUUGAAUCUUAUCUGUUUUAAUUGUAAUAACGCUUUGAGAGGUCCAUAUAUUACGGCGUUGGGUAAUAAGUACCAUCUUGAACACUUCAAAUGUGCAGUAUGUCAGGUAGUAUUCGAGUCCGAUGAAAGCUAUUAUGAACAUGAGGGAGAAAUAUAUUGCCAUUAUCAUUAUUCCAAAUUAUAUGCAACGCAUUGUGAAGGUUGUCAUUCUUCUAUUGUGAAGCAGUUUGUUGAAUUGUUCAGAGGUGGCAGGAACCAACAAUGGCAUCCUGAGUGUUAUAUGGUUCAUAAAUUUUGGAAUGUGUGCAUAUUGGCAGAUUCCGUUGGGUUAAGACAACAUUUCAAUAUUAAUGACAGUAAUGUUUCAAAUAUUACUAUUUUUUUGAAUGAAUCUAAUUUGAAGGCUGAACUUCUAAUAGCUAUCGAACAACAUGUUGAAAAUACAAUCAUGAAUUGUUGGCUUACAUUGUCAGGUUAUGAGGAGACUACUGCAGCCUGUAUAUCUGAUAUGUUAUUAAAUGCUUGCACUAGUAAUCAGUCAGCUGGAUUGAUAGCUACUGGAAAGUUAAUAUUGAAUGUGGAAGUAUUGUUUAAUGCUCUUGAUGUGGUUCAGGAUUUAUGUUCUGUCGUUAAUUCAAAUGUGACUUCAAAAUCAACAUCUCCUAACACAUCUACUUCUAUAAAAAAUACCGCAAGUUCUGAGGAUUUAACUUUCUUAGAAAUGGACAUUUUCCAGCCGUUAAGAAAAGAACCAAGAAAUAUAUCAGGCAAAAUUAUGAGCUAUUUGGCAAUAUUAAGAAAAUCAAUGCAAACAACGUUAUCUGGUAGUUUAUCUACUGAAUUAUUGGCGGUUGUAACCGGAUGCGCUCACUAUUUGAAAUUACUUAUCAGAAUUGGACUUAAUAAUGCUUUGAAAGUUAACAAAUUACAAGGAACUACUGAUGCAACAGAUAAAUUCCUUAGCUUAAUGAAAAUAUAUGAAGAGUUUAAUAGCAGCGGCGACAACAAGGUUAAUCGCGAAUUAAUAAAAAGCAGAUUAUCAAUUCCAACCAAUGCAACUGAUUCAUGUCAAACCUGUGUGAAAAGUAUUGAAAAGUCUUGUAUCAGACUUGAUAAUAAAAGAUGGCAUACGAAAUGCUUUAUCUGUUAUAAUUGUUCCAAACCAAUAGCAUCAGUUCGUGCUACAAUUUCACAGCUGGCAUAUAAUAUAUCAAACUCUCAGGUGUAUUGUACCGAGUGCUUUAAUAGGAAUGACAAAACUUUCAUACUAGGGUUUGAAUUAGUAAGUGACUUAUCACAGUUGGUUUAUUUAUUGAAAAUAGCUUUGUAUCGUUCAAAGUCUGUCAUGAAGGUUGAAAACAAGAGUGUAUCACAGGUUAGACAAGCUUCUUUGAAGCUGAAGAAUAUGUCGAUUAUUGAUGAAGAAAGUGCUGCAAGAAAUGCGACGGCGGACGACUAUUCGAAAACACUAAAUGAUGUUACUCGGUUAAGGGCCAGUAGGCAAAGUCAAAAGCUUUCUAAUUCUAUUAAGCAGAAUGCAAGGAAGUCUGUUAUAUUGGAAGCUCCGGAGGCUGAUAAGGCUAAGCGAGACGAAACUAAUGCAGAAGGAUUGGUUGAUGACUUUGAGGGUAGCAACGAAGAUAUAAUCAAUAAACCGAAUCAAACGGAAAGAAAAGCAAGUAUUUCAUCACAAUUGUCUUAUAUACAACAGCCAGAAAAUGACCAAUUCAACAUAUCAUCGAGACGGAGCAAGAAAUCAUUAAGAAUUAAGGACGAGCCUCAAAAACAGACGACGAAUAAUAAUCUUGAUCGCACAUCUGAUCUUUUACAAAAUGAAAAAUCGUUAACAUUGGAUGAUAUUCCACGUAUCGUGGCAGCUGAACAAGCUAGAGAACAACGUCCAAAUGCAUUUAAGCAUCAUAAUUCAUUGUAUCAAAAACACGCCCCAAUGGAAUCAGUGAGGACUAUACCUGCGGCCAGUACAAGUAAUGCAAGUAACCGUAAUAGAACUAGCAGCAAAAGCAAUAAUAAUGUUGAUAAUACGAGUAAUGAUGUUCCUGCUGCAGAUUAUGAAAUCUCUUCUCUGAGAUUGAAAUAUUAUUCUGAAUUGGAUAAAUCUGAGCACUUCAUUUUAAGACAUAUCGCAGUUGAAGCUUUAAUUCAGAUUCUGAACUAUAAUAAGGAUGAAUUACUAGGAUUGAUUCAAACCCGGAAAUUACCAACUUUUUGGGAUAAAUUUAAGUUUGGUGGCACAAAUGAUCCAAAGAAGGAUAAACAUUUAAACGUUUUUGGUGUUGAUAUUCAAGAUUUAACAAAACGAUACGGAGUUGAUUCUGAACUAGGCGUUGGUCCUUCCAAGUUGCGCAUACCUAUAGUGGUUGAUGAGAUUAUCAAUGCGUUACGCCAGAAGGAUAUGUCAGUAGAAGGUAUUUUCAGAUUAAAUGGUAACAUUAAAAAGUUGAGAGAAUUGACAGACCAAAUCAAUAAGAAUCCUCUUAAAUCGGCUGAUAUCAGUUCGCAGACUGCUGUUCAAUUGGCUGCAUUGAUGAAAAAAUGGCUACGUGAAUUACCAAAUCCGUUAUUGACUUUCAAUCUAUAUGACUUAUGGAUUUCUUCACAACAACAAAAAGAUCCAUUACUUUGUAAAAGAAUUUUACAAUUAGCAUAUUGUAUGUUACCAAGAAGUCACCGUAAUUUGCUUGAAGUUUUGCUUUAUUUUUUCAGCUGGGUUGCAUCUUUUGCAGAAAUCGAUGAGGAAACAGGAUCCAAAAUGGAUAUUCAUAACUUAGCCACUGUGAUAUCACCUAACAUUCUCAUUUCAAAGAAGGCCUCUCAAUCUGACCAAUCGCCUCCUCAAACAGGAGAUAAUUAUUUCCUAGGUAUUGAGGUGGUUAAUCAAUUAAUUGAAUUACAUGAAGAGCUUUGUAUUAUCCCUGACGAUUUAUUAUUAUUCUUUGAAAAAUGUAAAUUCAAUGAAAAUAAGUCUGAGAACAUUUCAACUAAGGAGAUAAUGAAUAAAUUAGAAAAGACAUCUAAGGAAAUCCCCAACUUUUUCUUAAGCUUCGAAACGAAAAAUAAUAAUUACAAUACUUCUGCACAACCAAACGUUCAAACGAACAAAAUUUCUAGGGGACAUUCGAAAGUGACGAAUGAAUCACAUGGCGAAACUUCUGAUGUCCAACAUCCUUAA